AUGGCGCGUCGUUACCUUUUCCUUACUACCCUCGUGGCAGCCAAAACCAUCUCUGCUACCACCGCUGCAGCUCCAGUCACUACCACCGCAGAGGGCGCGUCAACAACACAAAUACAGCUCUAUGUGAUAGGGGAAACCCAAUCUGUACCCCAAUUCACUGGCAUGGCCGGCAGCAUUGUCGACGCGAACUCCGUGGCUACGACAAUCGCUGUCGAGUGCACCGACGAUGCAGCUGGCUGUGGCAACUUGUCCGGGCCAAUUACUGCUAUCCAAGGGCCAUCAACACGCGGAGGAACGUUCGUUGUAAAGACCGAGACCAACGGAAUCGAAGCUACCAUGACUGUCGAGAACAGUUGCCAGAUCACCGGUGCGACACAGUCUGCCUCAUGUGCUGAAACUAUCAAGAUAAAUGGCGAGGCCGGCGGCCAAAAGGCUUCUUCAACCAUGAGCACGACGAUACAGGCCAAAAGUAAUGGUAUCACCUUGGAGCCCCUCCUGAUUACGGCUGGCCUGGAGAAAUUGAAUAGUCCGCAGGCUACAGAAACUCCGGGAGCUGCUCCGGCACCAGUGACAGGCAAUAUGGGUCUUACCCUUGGUGGUGCCGCUGCUGGAGCUGUAGCUGCUGUUGCAGCAUUGUUGUAA